AUGGGACGUUUGGUUAAAUCCCAAGCAGGGAAUGCAUUCUUUGCCAUAGUUCCCGGACAGGUCCUCUUGGCUUCCCUUGAUGCUAUCAGAGUGGCGAGCGUUGGUCUUCUUCUUAAGAUUGAACUCCAGCUUUUUCUAUGUUUCGGUCUCUCUCUCUCACUGAUCUCUGCUAGGGACUGGAAUGGAUACGCAAGAUACAUCUCCUUCAGUGUUGCUAUUCUUUGA